CUUCGCCGGUCCAGAUGUGAAUGCUAAGCAAGAAGCGAGGAGCUUCCUGCUUCCGGGACUUGCGUCCUCUCGCGCAAGCGCCGGCCCGCAGAGCGCUAGCGGGCUUCCCGCAGGAAGGUUUCAAAGGUCGCGCGGUCCCCUUUCUCUCCCCGAGGGUGAGACCUGAGCUGCGAGCGCGUCCGGCCCCGGGGUGUCGGCAGUGCGGGAGCCCCAGCUCUGGGAACUUGCAGAUGUCUCAGCAUGGUUGAGAUGGAGCAGGCCGAGGCCCAGCUCUCCGAGUUGGACCUCCUGGCCAGUAUGUUCCCCAGUGAGAAUGAGCUCAUAGUGAAUGACCAGCUGGCAUUAGCGGAGCUGAAAGAUUGUAUUGAGAAGAGAACGAUGGAGGGGCGAUCAUCGCAAGUAUACUUUACGAUCAAUGUGAACCUGGAUCUCUCUGAAGCAACAAUGGUGACGUUUUCUUUGUCUUGCAUUCUUCCCUUUAAAUACCCUACAGUCCUGCCUGAAAUUACAGUGAGAUCCAUAUUGCUGAGUAGAUCCCAGCAGACUCAGCUGAACACAGAUCUGAUAACAUACCUGCAGAAGAACUGUCUUGGAGAUGUCUGUAUACUGAACGCCACAGAGUGGGUUAGAGAGCAUGCCUCUGACUAUGUCAACAUAGAUGCUUCGCCCUCCCCUGCCAGGCAAAGCACAGUCCACCCAGCCGAUCUCACUUUCACGAGACUCUGGAUCUACAGCCAUCACAUCUACAACAAAUGCAAAAGAAGAAACAUCCUAGAGUGGGCCAAGGAAUUGUCCCUGUCUGGGUUUAGCAUGCCUGGGAAACCUGGCGUUGUUUGUGUGGAAGGCCCACAAAGUGCUUGCGAGGAAUUCUGGUCAAGACUCAGAAAACUAAACUGGAAGAGGAUUUUAAUUCGUCAUCGAGAAGACAUUCUUCUUGAUGGUACAGCCGACGGAAUGGAAGGACAGCGGAAAUUUCCCAUUCUUGAAGAAAAGGCCUUCAGUGUCCAUGGAGCCAGAGGAAACCACAUGGACUUUGGCCAGCUGUAUCAGUUCUUAAAUGCCAGGGGAUGUGGGGAUGUUUUCCAGAUGUUCUUUGGUGUAGAAGGACAGUGACUGAGCAGAGGGGAUGUCAGAUCUGUUGACUCACUGUUCCUCUGUUGAUCUUUCUUCCUGUUUUUCCUUGAAAUUCAAUUUCAGCUCCAUUCUAGAAUGUUCUGGGUUUGGGGUCACAAGGAGAAAAUUAAUUUAGCUGAAAUGUAUCUGUUAAAACUUGCUAUGCCUGAAAGAAAAACUGGGUUUCGACUUGUAAACUUGAAAUGACUAACUGAGAAGGGUGGAGAAAUGACUCAGAGGCUGCGAGCAUGUACUGCUAGUGCCAAGGACCUAAGUUCAGUUCCCAGCACCCCGGCAGGGAGCUCAUUACUACCCGUACGUCUGUCCUUCAGGGCAUUUGAUGUACUCUGUCCUCCUAGGGGGGGCGUGCAUGAACACACACACGGAAAUAUAUCUGGGGUAUCAGAUCCCCUGGAGCUGGAGUUACAGGAGGUUG